AUGAGCACCACUGAGAGGACCUUCAUCGCUGUCAAGCCCGAUGGUGUCCACCGGUUCGUUUUUUUCUCCGUUUUAUGGAUCUUGGAGGUUUUUUUGAAGCCCAAAAUUGUUCAAAAUUGUUUCUAGUGCUUUUUAAAAUGUUUCAAGAAUAACGCGCUUUUUUCCAGAUGAUUUGAAGUUUGUAAAUUUAAUAAUAUGAAUACAAAUUUCAGAUUUUUUUUUCUUUCGUUAUCUAAAUAUUCUCGCUGGUUGGCUUUUAUUUGAAUUUAGAGAGAUUCUUUCAGUUAUUUUUAGCUGUUUGAAAACAAGGAACUUCAUUUCAAACAGAAGAAAGAAUUAAUUAAUAUAAUCAGAUUUUUUUGAACAGUGACUCAUCUACUUGGAUGAAAGGGAAAUGAAAUCAGUUGACUUCCGUAGUUAGUAAAUCCCGGUUCUCAAAGUCAAUAAGGCCUUUUGCAACUAGACAAAAUCAUGUAAAAUGCUUUCCCUUAUAUGCAACUACUUUAGGUUAUUUUUAAAUACAGCGAUAACUUUUUGAGCUUCUAACUUUAAAAAAAAUGAAAUCAUUUUGAGUUCUAAGUUGCUUUCUGAACGGCUUCAUUUUCACUUUCUCGAUUUUUUCUUUACUUCCCCUUUCUCAACAUUAAUUUUUCGUCUUUUUAGUGGCCUCGUCGGAAAGAUCAUCGCCCGUUUCGAGGAGCGUGGCUUCAAGCUCAUCGCUCUGAAGCAGAUCACUGCCUCCAAGGAACACCUUGAGGUUUCAAUAGUCUCUUUUCGGAGAUUUUUUCAAGUUGAAUUUUUCCAGGUCCACUACCAAGACCUGAAGGACAAGCCGUUCUUCCCCUCGCUCAUCGAGUACAUGAGCUCUGGACCCGUGGUCGCCAUGGUCUGGCAAGGACUCGACGUCGUCAAGCAGGGACGCGCCAUGCUCGGAGCCACCAACCCGCUCGCCUCGGCCCCAGGAACCAUCCGCGGCGACUACGCCAUCCAGACCGGCCGCAACAUUUGCCACGGAUCCGACGCCGUCGACUCCGCCAACCGCGAGAUCGCUCACUGGUUCAAGAACGAGGAGAUCAACGACUACGACAGCCCAUUCAUCAACUCGUGGGUCUACGAAUAA